UGGCUGAGCUGCACAUUUCCUGGUUCAGUAUCUGGACUCUCUGACCGGCUGACUGGUUGCCCCAGGUCUGGCUCAGGAUGAGUUGAUGACGCCGAGGCUGGGGUCUGUGACUUCCUGCUGCUUGUCGUGAAGAAUGGGAGUUAAGAUGAAACUGGGGUGCUCAGGAAGGCGCUCAGAUGGAAAGGCAGGGUAAAAGUCACACUUUUCCCGUGUUGCGUGGAUCCCCAGCAGGGUCUGCAUCCAGUAGUGCUGAUUUCCGUGAGCGAAAGCAAGAGCAGGCUUGAGCCCACCGCUGGCUUCAGUGAGGCUCCAGAUUGUGAGAAGGGUUUCGAGAAGAUGCUUUGGCUACCCACGUUCCUGCUUGCAUUCUUAGAAGCCAGACUUGGGGAGAAAGUGAACUGGGGCAACUGACAAGCUCAGAGGGUCUGGUGGAAGCUUCCUCCGAGACCAAGACUGAGCGUUUCACCCUCCCGGAGGAAGAUCUGCCUGCAUUGCAAGUGCCCUCAGGAGGAGCACAUGGUGACAGUGAUGCCCCUGGAGAUGGAGAAGACUGUCAGCAAACUCAUGUUUGACUUCCAGAGGAACUCGACCUCGGACGACGACUCGGGCUGUGCCUUGGAGGAAUAUGCCUGGGUUCCGCCAGGUCUGAAGCCUGAACAGGUUCACCAGUAUUAUAGCUGUCUCCCGGAAGAGAAAGUUCCUUAUGUCAACAGUCCUGGAGAGAAACUGCGAAUCAAACAGCUAUUACACCAGCUGCCACCGCACGACAAUGAGGUCCGGUAUUGCAACUCCCUGGAUGAGGAAGAGAAAAGGGAGCUGAAGCUGUUCAGCAACCAGAGGAAGCGUGAAAACUUGGGUCGUGGGAAUGUCAGGCCCUUCCCAGUCACCAUGACAGGAGCUAUAUGCGAGCAGUGUGGAGGGCAGAUUAAUGGCGGAGACAUCGCUGUGUUCGCGUCUCGCGCCGGCCACGGCGUUUGCUGGCACCCACCUUGCUUCAUAUGCACCGUCUGCAACGAGCUCCUGGUGGAUCUGAUCUACUUUUACCAAGACGGGAAGAUAUACUGUGGCAGGCACCACGCCGAGUGCCUGAAGCCACGCUGUGCUGCCUGCGAUGAGAUCAUUUUUGCAGAUGAAUGCACGGAAGCUGAGGGGCGGCACUGGCACAUGAAACAUUUUUGCUGCUUCGAGUGUGAGACGGUGCUGGGUGGCCAACGCUACAUCAUGAAGGAGGGAAGGCCCUACUGUUGCCACUGCUUCGAGUCAUUGUAUGCAGAAUAUUGCGACACUUGUGCCCAGCACAUAGGGAUUGACCAAGGUCAGAUGACUUAUGAUGGCCAACACUGGCAUGCCACUGAGGCUUGUUUCUGCUGUGCUCACUGCAAAAAAUCCCUCCUUGGGCGCCCAUUCCUCCCGAAGCAGGGCCAGAUAUUCUGCUCACGGGCCUGCAGUGCCGGGGAGGACCCCAAUGGCUCUGACUCAUCCGACUCAGCCUUCCAGAAUGCCAGGGCCAAGGAGUCCCGGCGCAGUGCCAAAAUUGGCAAGAACAAGGGCAAGACGGAGGAACCCAUGCUGAACCAGCACAGCCAGCUGCAGCUGAGCUCCAACCGACUGUCGGCUGACGUGGACCCCCUGUCGAUGCAAAUGGACCUGCUCAGUCUGUCCAGCCAGACACCCAGCCUCAACCGGGACCCCAUCUGGAGGAGCCGGGAGGAACCCUACCAUUAUGGGAACAAGAUGGAGCAGAACCAGUCCCAGAGCCCUUUGCAGCUCCUCAGCCAGUGUAACAUCAGAACUUCCUACAGCCCCGGAGGCCAAGGGGCUGGGGCCCAGCCCGACAUGUGGGCCAAGCACUUCAGCAACCCCAAAAGGAGCUCCUCACUGGCCAUGAAGGGGCAUGGCGGCAGCUUCAUCAAGGAAUGCCGGGAAGACUAUUACCCAGGAAGGCUGCGAUCCCAGGAGAGCUACAGUGACAUGUCCAGUCAGAGCUUUAGUGAACCCCGCAGCAGCAUCCAAGUCCCCAAAUAUGAGGAGGAGGAGGAAGGGGGCCUGUCCACGCAGCAGUGUCGGACCCGUCACCCAAUCAGUUCCCUGAAAUACACUGAGGAUAUGACGCCCACAGAGCAGACCCCUCGGGGCUCCAUGGAGUCGCUGGCCCUCUCAAACACAACAGGUCUCUCCGCGGAGGGUGGCGCCAAGCGCCAGGAGCACCUGUCGCGGUUUUCCAUGCCUGACCUCAGCAAAGACUCCGGAAUGAACGUCUCCGAGAAGUUGAGCAACAUGGGCACGCUUAACUCGUCCAUGCAAUUCCGCAGCGCAGAGUCAGUCCGCAGCCUGCUCUCGGCCCAGCAGUACCAGGAGAUGGAAGGAAACCUCCAUCAGCUCGGCAACCCCAUUGGGUACAGAGACCUGCAGUCCCACGGGAGGAUGCAUCAGAGCUUUGAUUUUGAUGGGGGCAUGGCAGGCAGCAAGCUGCCAGGGCAGGAGGGCGUGAGGAUCCAGCCCAUGAGCGAGCGCACUCGCCGGAGAACUACUUCCCGCGAUGACAACCGCCGCUUCCGACCUCACCGGUCCCGGCGUUCCCGACGCUCUCGCUCGGACAACGCCCUCCACCUGGCCAGCGAACGCGAGGCCAUCUCGCGGUUAAAAGAAAGGCCCCCGCUAAGAGCCAGGGAGGACUAUGACCAGUUCAUGCGCCAGCGGAGCUUCCAGGAGAGCCUGGGUCAGGGGUCCCGGAGGGACCUGUAUGGCCAGUGCCCAAGGACUGUGUCGGAUCUGGCUUUGCAGAACGCCUUCGGGGAGCGGUGGGGACCGUACUUCGCCGAAUACGAUUGGUGCUCCACCUGCUCCUCCUCUUCAGAGUCUGACAACGAGGGCUAUUUCCUAGGAGAACCGAUCCCCCAGCCAGCCCGCCUGCGAUACGUGACGAGUGAUGAGCUCCUGCACAAAUACAGCUCCUACGGCCUCCCCAAGUCUUCCACGCUAGGUGGCAGGGGACAGUUGCACAGCAGGAAAAGACAGAAGAGCAAAAACUGUAUCAUUUCUUAAUCUGAGUGGAGGUCAGGGAAUGGGGGCAGAUGGGAGCUAAGAAUGUAAAUUCAGAAACUUGCACUGUUUUCCAUGUUAAAGCGCUUUUGGGUGUGGUUACAGGGGAGAAAAGGGAAAUGCUCUCUCGUGGAUGGCGGCAAGGUCACAGAUUGACUCGUAGGUAGUCACAGUUCUUGGCAUGUCGAUUAUUAUUUGCACAUUUCACUUUGGAAAUGCUAUAGACUCUAUGAGGCCAGGUCACCUCCUUCCCCCUCUGUGUUGUUGCCACUCGCAAGAUGGCCAAUUGUUUCUUGCUCGCUUCUAUCCUCUCUGGUUCUCUUACUUUUAGGACUCUUUUUCCAGUAAGUAAUUUCUUUAUUAGCCAGGACCCCAGACUAAGUUAUUUACAUGUCCACUGUAAAUGCAAUGUAAAUGAGAGUUCUGAUAAAAUAUUUUUGUAUUUUGUAAUAUCAAAGGGAUUUCUAUAUGGUAGGACUCAGUGGAGACUUGCAUGCUUAUCCAGCAUUGUCUUUCAGUAGUAUUCCGAGGUGGUCCAGGACCACCUUUUUUCCCCCUUUUUUCUAUACAAAUUUGUUACAUGUCAGUGAGACUUUUUUCAAAGAAGCUUAUUCAAUUUGGCGUUUUGUGGCUAGACAAAAAAAAGAACUCUAAAACCCGAAGCAUCUUAUGCUCCAUUCCACCUCAAGGAGCCAUCCCUAAGUCUGCCCCCACCCUCAGUAGAAUUUAUUCUCUACAAAGUGAUAGUAAUAUUUUUUAAAAAUUGCAAACGUAACUCUUGCCAAUUAGAGAAACCAACCAGUGUCAGUAGAGUUCCGUGAGCAAUGCUCUCCCUGCGGGGGGCAUUGAAGUUGCUUACUAUUAUUGAUCUAUCCCUUGGGGAAAUAAAAGUGACUGUGAGUGGUGCCGUUGUGUGAUGUCAGCAUGACGUUGUUUUGAGUGUAGCAUUAUUUUCUGGUGCUCAUGUUUCCUGGAUUGUAUUAUCUGCUUUCCUUUACCAAGGCAGACAUACUGCUGCCUUACAGCCUGACAACCGGUUGUCCUCAGUGCAAAUGAACUGAAACAUUCGGAAUUUAGGGACAGGAAGGUUCUGAGGGACUCUGGAGUGCCCGUGUGUUCUAGUUGGAAUGUCAUGCGUGGAAAAGGAACAAGGUAAUUGGAAAACAGAAGGCUGGUCAAGGGUAGAAGCUGAAGGGGAAUAUGAAGGAAGAGCAAGGUAAAGAAGAACUUUCUGGAAGUGAAGUAGAGGCAAGCUGACUACCAAGUUGAAUAGCCCCCAGUGUUUGUAGAAAGAAUCCAGCUUAACACACUCCAUGACCAGAGUAUCUGGGUGACAGGUAAGUUGAGCUGCUCAGGAAAUUUCAGUGUUAAUGGGCUUUGAAAAGCAAAUUGUGUGAAAGGGGGAGUCCCAUUUUGAACUUUGGGAAUUGUUGAUCAGCUAGAAGAUGGUCUCCAAAGUGAGUUUGCUUAAAGAAGACAUUUAACGGUUGUGUUGUUUAUAGUAAAAUAAAACUUCCUACCUUGCUUCAGUUAA